GGUAGUUUAUUUACCUUUGCUAGAGGGCCGGUCUGUCUGUAUACUUCUCGAACUUGUGUAAUCAAAGAGCUAAACAGUCGUAGAUGCUUACAAAGACUAGAGCACUUCUCCAUAGUUCUUCUUUAUCCAUGAUAGGGAGUCUACGCUUACUAAGAUAAAGACAAACAGGUUGUUAAUCUUGGAAAACGCCCUUUGAGCUCCCCGACAUCACUACUACCCCUCCUUAGUAAUCACAUUCACUUUCAGUGGGUUUCUAAUAAUGGAAGCUAAUUACCAUGGAGCAUAGACAUUUGCGUUAAGAGAUGACUCACGGGCACGACUUGGUGUGCUCCUGAUGUCUGAGGACCAACAACCGGAACACGAAUCUACAUUCGCAUCAGCAGUCUCCCCCUCACCACCAUUCCUUAGCAGUACAAGCACAAUGGACAAUGCACCCGCCUCCGAACUCGCCCUCAUCCCCCCUCCUCCCAUAUCCUCCCAACCCUCCUCCUCCAUCCAGAUCCUCCCCCUGAAACCCGAAGACUGCAGAACAUGGCAGAUCAUGCACUACACCUGCCACGCCGACCACAUGCGCGACCUCCUCGCCCUUCGCCCCUUCAGCCCCGCGUCCUGGACCCGCGUCGUCGCCGCCCGCGAGCAGGAACUGUCUCAGCCCGGCGUGCACGCCUUCAAGGCCGUCGACGUAAGCACCACGCCACCUACCAUUGCGGCAAUCGCGAAAUGGACCGUUUACGCGGGUGCUAGGGACGAGACGGACGGGCGUGGGGACAGACAUGCAGACGGAGCCGCAGACGGAGCCGCAGACAGACACGCAGAAGGAAGUCUCCCGACCGCACCCCCACCGGCCCGCGGCCCUGCUCCGCCCGUCCAGACGGCAUAUACCGCGCAUCCGGACCCCCCGCCCGAGCUAAACGUGCGCUUGUUAAACGCGCUCCUGACGCCGCUGCGCGAGACACGCAAGGAGGUGAUGGCGGGCAGGCAGGCGUACGUGAUGCUGAACUCCAUGACGACCUUCCCGGCGUACCAGCGCCGCGGGAUCGCGCGUCGGUUGAUGCAGUGGGGCCUGGACAGGGCGGAUGAGUUGGGGGUCGAGGUGUACUUGGAUGCGUCGGCUGCGGCGCGGAGGCUGUAUGAGGGGUGUGCGUUUGAGCUGGUGCGGACGCAUGUUUUUGAUGUGGAGGCGUGGGGAGGGGGCGUGGGGGAGAGGCAUUAUACUUAUGUGAACUUAUGUUCGGAAGCGGAAGUGCGAUAGAGUGGGGAGUGGGGAUGGUGUGGUGUCGGUGUCGAGGUUGGCUUGAGCUUUAUUUUGGGGGUGGGCUGAGCGUCUGGAUUGCGUUGCUUUGGGAUUUCGGUCUGGGUUCUGGGUAUAAUUAUUUGUUGAUUAGAGCCUGCGAGCGAGUACUCGUCUUGAGACUCCAGGGCGCGUUCGCAUUGCCAUUUUGGUCUUACUCUACCAGUCCCGCAUGGGCAAAUCCCUUUGUACAAGUAUAGAAAAAGCAGUACCCCAGAAUAUCGACCUGUUC